AUGGUCAAAUUCGAAGCUUCCCAUCAUCCGCUAAUAUCUUACAGGCCUAUCCGGACCUCUGAUUUGGAUGUCCUAGAGAAAAUCCACGGUGAUCUCUUUCCUAUCAGGUAUGAGACAGAAUUCUUCCAAAAUGUUGUUAAUGGGCGUGAUAUUAUAUCUUGGGGGGCGGUUGAUCGCAACAGGCCCGAUGGUCAGACUGAUGAACUUGUUGGAUUUCUUACAGCCAGGAUUGUUAUGGCAAGAGAUAGCGAGAUUGUCGAUUUGUUAAGGUAUGAUCCGUCAAAAUCAGACCAGACACUGGUCUACAUUUUGACACUUGGAGUGGUGGAAUCAUACCGAAAUUUUGGCAUAGCCAGCUCCCUGAUACGUGAGGUCAUCCAAUAUGCUGCUAACUUUUCCACAUGCCGAGCAGUUUACCUCCAUGUCAUUUCCUACAAUAACCCUGCCAUCCAUUUGUACAAGAAAAUGUCCUUUCAGUGCGUGCGGAGGUUGCAUGCUUUUUAUUACAUCAAUGGCCAACAUUAUGACUCGUACUUGUUCAUCUACUAUGUCAAUGGUGGUCGAUCUCCUUGCUCACCUUUAGAGGUUCUCGCACUUCUUAUCAGUUCGGCAAAAAGUGGAUUAAAGUUGGCGGCCUCAAGGCUUUGGAAGGAUGAGAAUCGAAAGUUUAGUAAGUUGCAAAAAUGUAAAGAAUCUAGUAGUGAUCUAUUGCCAACAAUGCAAAACAUGAGAAUCCAUGAUGGCAGCGGAGGAGGAGGAGGUGGUGGAGGCUGCCAAUUUGUUUGA